AACUUAACCUUUUGACCGCUUAUCCUCUGCUCCUCUCUUUUUUGUUCUCUCUUUUUCACUCCUCUACUCCAAGAAGACGCAAAUUUACUUGUCCAGAAGUUGCGCCAAACCAUCAGACAUCUAUCAUCACUUUCUUCUUGUCUUAACCCCCGCCGUGCUGCCCAAACUUUCUUUGUUCUCUGUUGAGAACACUCCUUAAGCAGGGAAUUUUCUCUCUCUGAAAACUUUGGAAGUCGAUUGUAGAAGCAGAAGAACUCAUGCUAAAUCAGUGUCCAAUUUAUUGAUUUAGAUACCUCGAUCAUCUCAUGUAUGCAGGUUUUAGUUGUUGUUUUUUUCGUCUCUUUUCUUUAGAUCGAAUUGGAUAUGUUUGUGAUUUACCACUCUUUACCCUUAUUUUCCCAUUUCUGAAACAGACUUGAAAGGCCUCUAUUUCAGUGUAUAGUAGUUGUUUCGAAAAGGGUUUCCUUGAUGGAAGAUAAUUUGAUGAAUGGUAUAGUAAUGGAUCUUGAUUUGAACCAGGAACCUAUGGAGUCGUCAGCUUUAGGAUUAGGGUCUUUGUUGAAUGAUUUCGAAACUGCUCAUAGUAGGAUAGAGCAAAGAAUUCUUCAGCUUGAGGCUGUUGCAGCUAGAUCCUUGCAUCGCCAUAGGUGGCGUCAGGCUCAUAAUUCUGCUGAUGAUGAGACUCGUAAUUCUGCUGAUACGGGUGAUGUGGUGGGUAAUGAGGUUCAACAUCACAAUUUUGUAGGGAACGGAAAAGGAUGCAAAAGAGAUAGAUCCCAUUUAGUAGCAAAGGCAUUGGAGAUGGAUUUAGUUGUUAAGAAAGUUGAUAAGAAUGGUGGAAGUUUCUUUGACUGUAAUAUAUGUUUUGAUAUUGCAAAAGAACCUAUUUUGACUUGUUGUGGCCAUUUAUAUUGUUGGUCAUGCUUUUAUCAGUUGCCUUAUGUUGAUUCAACUACAAAAGAGUGUCCUGAUUGCAAGGGAGAGGUGACAGAUGCAAAUAUUACUCCAAUUUAUGGCAAUUCAAACAGUUACUGCUCCAAAGAAGUGCACUGUGGUUCGGAAUUACCACCAAGGCCAAAAGCAAAUAGAGUCGAGAGUGUUAGACAGCAGCGUGUGACUCGGGGUUUGUCUCAUAUCCCAGUUGCAGAAGCACUUAGGCGAAUUAGGACUAGUAUUGGAUUGGGCGAUCACCCACACCAACUGGAGACUGGUGGCGUUAGUUCAAGUUCUGUGAGCGGCUCUCAUGAGUUGCAAAAUACUGAGGCCACUGGCAUCAGGCGAUUACGCUCCCGAGUGUUUUCAAGGGUAUUAUCAGAGAGUGCGGCUUCUCUUUCAUCGGAAUUAGAAAAUGCACAGCGGAUGAUUGAGGACCUUGAAGCGUCACUUACAGACCGCAUUCACGAAAGAAGCAAUUCGCAAGUUUCAUCGAUUGGUCAUGUUGCAGCUGAUGAAGGUAAUUCUCCCAGAAGAGAUGCUGCUAUCAUACGAUCAGAGCAUCAGACUCUGGAUUCAAUUGCAGAGACAAGUUCUGUUGCAUCUUUUCCUUCCUCUUCUCAAUCAAAUGAAGUUUCUGAUGCUGCACUUCAGUUGGAAAACCUGACAACUGAUAGUGGAAACCUGCCUGUCAGUCGAUCUCCAUCGUCUUCCAGGAGGAGAAGUAGUUUCUCGAGGCUUUCAGAUUUAGAUAGCGAACUUCUUCAUGAAACAAGAAGAAGAAGAUUUAACUGAUGCCUUUGUAUGAUUGAGGUUCUCAAAUGUGGUCAAGAAAGUGGUGUUCCCCUUGUUGGAAGUGAUAAUCUAGCUAAUAGAUUUACUGUGGUGGAGGAAAUUUCUGAUAAUAAGCUUUUUGAAAAAAAUUUAGCUGCUGAGAUUGUGGCAUCUUGGCUGUACAGCAGAUAGUAGGUACUUUUCUUGGGAAGCAAUGUUAUUCCCAUUGCUUUUUUAUACAUUUCAUGGCAGUGUCUGGUGGUAUAAUGACAGUUUUCAAUUACGUAAAUGUUAUCCCAGGUUUACUUAAGAGUAAAAUCGAUCUCUUGUAUCAAACAUUUCUUUCCAGUUUCAUGAAGUCUAAAGUAGUACUUCAGCUCA